AUGCGAUGUGGGCUGUCUUAUCGUAUCGCUGCAGGAGGUGCUUUACGGCACACUGUCGAUGUGUUCGGGUUGGAAGCGGAAGCUGAGGAUGGACAGGAUGAACGUCAGGUGGCGGUCCGUGUAAUGGUCAAGUUGGAGGCUUUCAAAAGGCACCUGGUCAUGACGGGCUUGGCUACACGUCAGAGACAGGUGGCAUUUGAACCUGUUCAGGAAGUCAUUGAUAAGAUGAGGAGCCAUCUGAAUGUGGCGGCACGAUUGUCCACUAGGGCAGAGCCAGUACGCUUCCUGUUUCUUGGGCUUGAUGUAGAUGGAGCCGCUGUUUGGGAAGGCGGCUACGGCGACGAUGAUGUCGAUCCAUGA